AUGGCCACUUUUUCGCAUCUAUUCCUUUCUAUUCUCCUUGGCCUUUACUUACUUUCAACUCCAACUUUCUCUAGAAAAAUACUCUUGGAAAAUACUCCAAUUGCCCCUUCUCCUAGUGAAGAUGUUCAAAUAAGUACUACUCCUUUCUUCCCAUCUCCUAAUGAAGAUGCUCCAACAGCUGUUUUAUCACCUUCACCUGUAGAUGCACCAAUUAGCCCAUCAACUCCUGGAGAUAUUACUAUUUCACCAUCUCCUCAAGAUUCACCAGUUGUCAUUAUUCCUCCUCCUGAAAGCGCCGCUUCUCCUCCUCCUUCUUCUCCUGCUCCUACACGUAUAUGUGGCCAUCAUCCCAAUGAGGGCCACCACCCACCGAACGUAGGCCACCAUCGCCCCUACACUAAGUGCUAUCACCCACGCCACGGUCAUCAACAGCCUGAUCAACCAUCUGCUCAAGAACCUGCAUCAGCUCAUUCUCCUGAAGUUUCAGCUCAAGCUCCUGAAUCGGAUGAUUUCUCUUUCUUUUAG